UGCAGUGAAACAGCGACACAACAACCAUUGUCAGACGCGCAGGAGGCCGCCUGCGGCCCUCCUCACCAGCGGAGUGAGGAGUGCUUCUACGGAGAGCCUCUCCGCCUCUCUCGACAGCCAUAGACGUCACUAUCGCAUCGUCCGUCCCCCCUCUGCUCAGCGAUGAGCUUCUUCGACGGCGUGCGGCGCGAUGUACGUCUCGCGUACGGGCCUGGCAGUGGGCUGGAGAAGGUCUCCCGCGUGCUGCACCUCAGCACUGACCUCUAUUGGCCAGGUGAGAGGACGGGCAGGGCGGAAACGGGAUACACUCUUCAACAGGUUGAUGUGUGCAGCUCCAGUCAUUCAGCGCCUGAUCAGCCAUGUCGACACGACGUCGGCAAGCUCAAUCAGACACAUGCGGGAGGAUAGGUGUAUAGGCUGAAAUACUGUGUCGCGGCCAUCAGCACGGUGAGAGAAGGAGAUGGCGGCAAUGCGGCCAAACGAAGCAUCAACACACCUGCCAGACAGACAGACAGACACAGGAGCACUCAGACGAGUACUGUAGAAGGUGUGAACAGGAUAAGCAGGG